AGGUAGGAGGAGGGACGAGGCGUUUUGUUGUCAUCUCGGCCCGGACAAGUGUCAAAUUCAAAGAAAUUAUUUGUAAAAAGUCAUUUUGAGCAGGAUGGAGUCCCCUGACAUACAAGUGAAGUACCAGAAGCUAGCCUCAGAGUACUCUAAGUUACGUGCUCAGAAUCAGGUGCUAAAAAAAGCGAUUGUUGAUGAGCAGUCAAAAACUUCUCAACUAAAUGAUUUGAUAAAGUCUCGUGAUCAGAUGUUUAGGAAAGCUGAGCAAGAGAAUGAUUCCCUCACAUUCAGGAACCAGCAGUUAACCAAGAGACUUACACUACUACAGGAAGAUCUGGAGGAGAUCCAGCUCAAAUCCAAGAGAGGUAAAGUGAAAUCCGAGAGUGUGGUUGAUGGAACAUUGGCAGACAACUCUGUGUUCACUGAGGAGCUUCAGUCUAAGAUUCAAGAGAAUGCCAGAUUACAGUCUGAACUAGCAGAAAUUGAAAUGAACUAUCGCAGGCGUUUGUCAGAAAUGGAAAUGCAACUAGAAACUGCUAAACGAGAAGCUCAGAAGUACAAGGAGGUGUUGGAACGUCAUGAAAAAUCUGCAAAGGAAACAGUGGAUCAACUGGAAAGUGAGCGAGUUUGCCAAGAGGUGGUGGCACAGCAGCGGGAGGCAGAACUACGAGCACUGAAGGAAGAAAUCAGCAGACUUAAAGAGAAGCUCACCCAUACUACCACUACCACCAGUACUCUUAAUAACUGCCAUCCACCACAGCUAAACGACCAGGAUGCCAAAGUCUCUCCUCGGCACAGAGCUGGAAAGCAGGCAGUAUCCACUAAUCUCAACAUACCAGUACAAAAUGGACGGGACAGAUCUCCCAGCAUCACUGCCAGGAGCUUGGUUGACACAUUUGAUUCUCUGAUUCAAGAAAUGUCAGACUCCUUUGCAAAAUUUCUCUGUAGUUACAGCACCAGAGUCAAGCUUGAUGAAUCAUCUACUGAAAUUCAACAAAAACUGAUAGAGCACUUAAAGUCAGCAGCUUCCCCAUGGCAUUCCUUAGCAGCAUCAUACCACCAACUAGCAGAGAAUUCCUUCGGAGAGAGUUUUGUUGCUCUGGAAACCUUAAGUGGACUCUCCCAAGUGAGUCACCACGUCACAGCAUGUGGAGCCACUUUGAGGAAAAUACUGCCACUUGUUGUCCACUGGGUGUCAGAAGGCAGCAGAGGACAGGUUGAUGGGGAUCGACUAGGAGCAGCAUGGAGCGCAGCAUUCAGCAGGCUGGUAUCAUCAUGGGGCUCAUUAGCUCCCUAUGUAGCAACUCUUGCCAGUCAGAGUGCACCAAACUCCAAUCUGCCUCCUAGUGCCCAGGGACGUGUCAUAUCCAUGCUCAGCGACCGCCUUAAUAAUCUUCAUGCUGCCCUUAAAGAGGCAUCCAUCACAUACCAAAAGAAGACUGCAGGUGAAAAAGAUCAGCCAUCUAUAUCAGGGGAAGCAAAGGCAGCCAAUGAUGAGAUUGUCAUUGUUCUCAUGGCACUAUCUUCUAUAACAAGUAAGAUGUCGACUACAUUCCGAGAGCAAGUUGCUCCUUCAUGGGUUCGAGGUGGAUCAACCCCAAGCACUCCUUCUUCACCAUACCCCAGUAUGCCUUACAGCUUAAAUAAAUCUCUCAGUAACUAUGCAUCCAUUCCACAAGAGGAAAGCAAGCCAGCUCUUUUCGAUAGUACACUAGCCAGCCCUGGAGAUGCCACUAACCUGGCAGGCACCGAGACCUCACUCAUGAAACAGUUGGCUCUUGCAACCUCAAAAUUAAGUCAACUUGAAGCUGAGAGAGAACAUUGGAGGCUGGAGCACCAGCUUCUGCAGUGUAAACAUCAAAAGGAAGCAAAGCGUGUUCGGCAAUUGGAGAAUCAACUAAAGGGUGAGGUUACAGCUUCUGCGGAAUGUGACCAGUUACACACUAAGGAACACUCUGCUUCAGUUGCAUCAACUACAUCAAUAGCUGGUGAAGUGUAUGGAGUUGAUGGAGCAUCAGAAGAGAGAGAGAAGGACAUUAGGAAUCAUUUUACAAGUCGUUGUUCUCACCUAUACAUGCAACUUACAUCAGCAACAAGCCAAGCGGCUCUUUAUCAGAAUGAAUGUGAAUCAUUGAUGAGACGUUUGGUUGUGAGUGAGGAGAAUCGAGCCAGCUGUGACCAGGAGGUUGAUAAUCAGAGAGAGAUUGUCAAUCAGCUCAAAGAAACACUGCAGACUACCUCCAGAAAUUAUGAGGAACAAAUAUCAACAAUGUCUGAACAUUUGGCUGAUCUCAAUGAGAAAAUAACAGCACAGUCAGAGUUGAUUGAACAUCUAAAAUAUGAAAACAAGAACAGAAAAGGAAAGAAGUGAAGGAAAAGAAUAGAAAUCUGCAGUAUAAUUUUCUUCAAAAUUUUAAGAAACAGAAUGGAGAAGCAGGAUGACUACAGCACUCCAUGGACUGUUGACUCACAGAAUGAUGAAGAUUUGUAUUUGAGAGCAUCCUAGAGGGGGUGCCAAGGAACUGGUUGUCCUAAUUGCCUUUAAUGGAAAAAGAUGAGAAUGCAAAGUCAAAAGGAGGAAGCAAUCAUGGAAUUCUUACCAUGUGAACUUUGAAGAUGAUCAGAGAGAGGAUUGCCUCAAAUGCUGAAUCAGUAAGGCUCUCCAAACAUUUGCAUCUUCAGUAAAUGGAAGGCACUAUAUAUCCCCCCUUAUGGUUUAGUAUUUCUCCAUGAUUAUAUUAAUUGAAUGAAUGGAAAACAUUGGACCAUUAAGGCUCCUCUAAGAUCUGUGCCUGGAAAAUUAUACUUAAGAUAUCGUAUUUAUACAUGGUUUAACGUCUGCUAAGUUGCAGAAUCCUUGUGAAGUUGAAAAAGUUAUUAGUUAUUUCUAUUUGGUAUCAUUCUAGGGAUCAGUUUUGUUGCUACUGGUACAGCGACUCCAUAAUGAGAACAGUAACAAUGAUGAUAGUGAUAAGGUGACAAGGAGUGUUGACCACAAUGACUGAGCAAGAUACAGUGUAAGUUACGAGGUGACGCCAUGAAUUGACCUAAGUCACUGAAUAAGUUACCAAUACACACAAGUGAUUCUUUUCAUAAUUCUUUUGCAUACUUGUGACUUAUGUGAUAGUGUUGUCACAGUUGAAUCUUGUAGGAAAUAAAUUCAAGAAUAUACUUUAUACAUUUAUUAUAUAAUGGUUUAUAACAAUUUAAAUAAUUGUAGACAAUGGUUGACAGAAUUUAGCAGACCUUUUCAUUGUUUGCUGAAAGGUGUUAACAGUGGUCUUACCCUUAGCAUUAUAUACUGAGAACUUUUACUUAUGGAUAUAAUUUCUAAAAUAUCUUGGUGCUUCUGUCUAUAAUAAUAAAGUAUAUUGUUAUAUGUUUGUUUA